AUGGAGGAAGGAGAAAAUUCAGGUGUUACUUUUGAUGGUUCAUAUAAGAAAAUGAUUUAUCAAGAGGACUUCAGUGAAGAUGAUCACACUCUCUACUCAUACCAAGAGAAGCAACAAGUGUCCAUGUUGAUGGUGAGACCUGGAUCCCGUUUGAAUCAUCACAAACUGCUUACAGUGAGCCUGGCAGUGCUUGCUGUGGUUCUACUAGCAGUCGACGUUGGCCUGGGAGUCUAUUAUAACAAACUAACUGAUGGGCAGGUGAUAACGGACAUCAGCAUCGAGGUGGCCAAACUAAAGGCUUCUUACAACACUAUAAUCCAAAGCAGGGAUGAAGCCAAGAAACAGCUGGCAAGAGAGCUCGGUGAACAGCAAUUAACCAAAUGGGAGAUUGCACACCAGAGUACAAGAACCAAAUACUACGAAAAGAUGGAUGACCAAAUUCACAUUGAAAUCUCUGCGUUGAAGUCCCACAUCCCAAUGCUUAAGGAGGGCUGCAGAUACUGUCUACCAGGAUGGACUUUCAUGAACUCAGCGUGCUACUACUUCACAUUGUCUGAUGAUAUUUUACGCAGAUCGUGGAAUGACGCCAGAGAGUUCUGCAAAAUCAGAGGAAGUGACUUAGCGGUGAUAGACAGCAGAGAGAAACACCUGGCAAUAACUAGCUUGACAAACGGUUAUAACGACCCUCAAAACACAGGCCCCAGAGGUUUCUGGAUCGGAUUGAGAGAUACGGAGGAGGAAGGGACUUGGAAAUGGCUGGAUGGAACAAGACUGACUGAGGGGUACUGGAAUGAUGGAGAGCCCAACAAUGUGGGUAAUGAGGACUGUGUAGCGACAUUUCUCAGAAGCAACCCCUUUAAGGCCUGGAAUGAUGCUCCAUGCAGUUAUCACCUGAAAUGGAUUUGCCAAAGACCACCAAGGUCUGCAAAUUAA